GGAUUAUUUUUUGUUUGUUGCUAAGGACGGUUUGCUUUUCCUUGAGCGCGCAGGUCGUACACCGAUUCUCCAAUCAAAUGCAUGAUUUAUGAGUCAGGAACCAAUCAGAAGAACGAAUCGUCCUUUUGUGGGUGGCAAUUCAACCAUGGAAACGCCCUCUUCACGUUUUUUUUUUAAAUCCGAUUGAUCAUUUUGCUUGUACCGGGUGGAGUAAAACGAGUCUGAGGUGGUGAAAUAUUGGUCUAAAAUCGUCUUGUUAUUUGCAAUAGCUUAUUAACUCCUACCAGCCUCUCACAAAAUGACGACGACAACUAUAUAUUCAGGCAUGGAAGCCGGAGCAAAAAGCAGCUCCAGGGUCCUGCGCCCUCCUGGAGGAGCCUCCAACAUCUCUUUUGGCAAUGAUGAGGAAAAGCCCCCCAAUCGCAAAAACAAGAUGGCCUCCAACAUCUUCGCUGAACCAGAUGACCCACACGCUCAUCGGAGGAACAACCCACCUGGUGGGAAGCCCACCGGAGUGCUGUGUGGAGAGCCCUCAGCCCCACUGAGGAGAUGUGCUGCCCAAUCUUCCUCCAACAACCACGAGGACUCCAACGCCGGGACUGGAGACAAUGACGUGGGAAAUGCUGAUAACGCUGUGGAGGUUGAGGUCAUUCCUGCCCCAGAGCAGAGGAAUGAGGCCUCCCAGCCCGCCACAGCGGCCUCCCAGCCCGCCGCUGGGAUGACAUCAGGCCGCAGGAACCCCCCAGGGGGAAAGUCCAGCCUCAUCCUCGGUUGAGGUCCCUCUCCUUCUCUAUCUCUCUUUCUCAGAACUCUGCUGUCCUUUUCUCUUUUUUAAAAGAAGAAUCUCCACCUGUUCAUCUGUGAGUCCAGGAAUUCCGUCCCGUCCCCUUCCUCUCCUCCCUGAGUCCAUUGUUUUGAUACCCCCUCUUUUUUAAUUUUUGUAUGUUUUUUUUGACAGAAGCACUUUAUGUACCUGAUCCAAGCCCCUGGCAUAUGUAGUGCUGUAGUCACAGGCCCUCUGGCCAAAGAGCAUGAGGUUUAAGUUGUCCCUCACUCCAUCCGGUGUCAUAGGCAAAGUUCUGAUGCGCGAUCGAUAAGGUUUAAACAAAAAACAAAAAACAUACUCAAAUGGAUUUAUAUGAAGUUGUUGCUUUUGCACCGUGUUCAUUGUCUGGUAAAAACUGCAUGCACGCCUGGUUUGUUCCAAGUCCGACUCAACCAAAACAUUUUGGUGAAGCCUUUUGUUUAAAAAAAAUAAAAAUCUAUUAAAAAAGGAACUAAAAGUUUUACUGUGAACGUUUCAUUUUAAUUGAAGGUUAUGCUGGACUUUAUUGAGUCAUAUUAAUUCAUUGUUGGGGUACAUGAUCUAGUGUUGCAUGAAGUUUGGGACUUGAACAUUUCUAUGGAAACUCAAAUCCACACAGGGGAUCCAAACAGUUCACUCAAACCCCGGUGUCAUUAUUUCUGAAGACUAAAUUCAGUGAAUAUGUCCAGAAAAUGGGCUUUCUAAUGUCAUGAAAUGGAGAACAAGAUGACAUUUUAUUGUAUCUGAUUUUAUUUUUUUGGAAGGGAAACUUUCUCAACAGCUAAAGUAUGCCUGUUUGUGUGUGGUACUCCAUCUGAUAGCAUGACAAGUGACCUUAUGACAGCUCUGCCUAGUUCUCAUUUUACUUAUUUCUUUUUUUUAAAUUCUCAAUGUUGGACAAUUUGGUACGUUAAGCAAAUUGCUCAGUUCUUGUUCAAACUUCUGUCAUGGUCUCUCUUACAGGUCUGAUGCCUAUUUUACUGUCUGCCUUGUACAGGGAAAACCUGUGGUUCUAUGUAUUUACACAUACAUACAUGCAUGCAUACAUACAUAUAUAACACACAGGUCAAUUUUGUUCAAAUGUAAUUUAAAUGAAAUUGCACACAUGGCUUUAGUGAAUUCAUGUUGAAGUGCUGUUCUGCAGAUGUUGAACGGUCAGCUGGGCUACAUGACCGUUACUUGUUCAUCCAAAUUCAUGCAGGUUUGUUUUAUCACUGUAAAAGUCGCAAUGAAUAUUGGCGCAAAUUAAAUGUCACUUUUGACCAUA